GGCAACGUGCCGUUCAUGGCCAGGACCUUUUGCUGGCACACCCGGGGCUCCUGUCGCCAACACCCCCAGCUGUGCCCCCCAGAGCUGGAGGGAACCCGGCGACUGGCCUGUCUCUUCUUGCAGGACCCCGACACCCGCCUGUCCCGGACCCUGUCCUACGCGCUGCGGCACGGUGCGCUCGAGCUGGGGCUGCACAUGGGGGCAGACGGGUUCGUGGCGCUGCAGGAGCUGCUGGCGCUGCCCAGCCUCGCAGGUGUGUCGGAGGGCGACGUGCGGCGCGUGGUGGAGACCAAUGAGAAGCAGCGAUUUGCCCUGCGCCCCGCCCCCUCUGGGGGGCUGCAGAUUCGGGCCAAUCAGGGACACUCCCUAGAGGUGCCAGAGCUGGAGCUGACGCCCCUGGAGACGCCGGAGUCACUGCCCCCCACCCUGGCCCAUGGGACCCGGCGCCGGCUCUGGGACUCCAUCCGCCGCGGGGGCCUGUCCCGGCGCGGCCGUACCCACAUCCACCUGGCGCCCGGCCUGCCCGGGGACGCUGGGGUCCUCAGCGGAAUGCGGCCAGACUCCGAGGUGGCCGUUGUCAUUGAUGGGCCGCAGGCGCUGGCAGAUGGGAUCCGGUUCUUCCGCGCAGCCAACGGGGUGGUCCUGACGCCCGGCGAUGCCCACGGGGUCCUGCCCCCCCGCUACAUACUGUGUGCCCUGCAGCUGCGGCCCAGCCGCUGUCUCCUGCCCCUGGACUGACCGAGUUGCCCCCCCAGGGCCUCAGGAUGGGGGGGCAACUACUGGACUGAUUAACACCUCCUUAACCAGC